AUGGCAAUAAUCCUUCCGAAUGGAGCUCCAGCUUAUCUUUCCAACAUUAUCUCUGACACAUCUACACCACAAACAACCCUACCUUUCAAUCACAUUGGCAAAGCGAGGGUCAUUGAACAUGUGCCUUACUCUGAUCCUCUGUUCCUCGGCUCUCCAAGCUUCUUCAGCCUGACAUGUAUGCUUUUUGCUUCCACUCCCUUCCUCCUGGCUGUGGAAACUUUACAUCCUUUGAAGAUUGCCUUAAGAGAUGCUGUGCUUUUGGACUCAAUUACAGGAGCGUUGGGAGCACCAUUUUUAUUGGAGGACCCAUCAAACCAGUUCCUACAUCUGAAAAGACACAUAUAUUUUCAGGAUUACUGGAACCCAGAUCACAGUCCGAAUACAUGGGGAAACACACUGACUGAUCAGGCUCAUGAAACAUGGACUGCUUUGAAAACAACAGCACAGUAUUAUCUGAAUGUGAAUACUUUCACCCUGGACAUCUCUACUGCCCAGUAAAUGUGCUUUGCUGGUUAAACCAGGAUAGCAAGAAUAGAGGGAGACAAAAAGUGGCGAUGUACCCAAACAACCAGCUUUGGAGACCUGAGGGCAAAUCCAUACCAUCUACUAGGUUAUUUAUUAUGUCUGCCUCAUGGAGCUGUUGAAAGGAGUAAAUACGAAAACCCACAUAUAAACCUAGAAUUAGAAGUUCUCAAUAAAUGGUAGCUCUUAAAAUGAGAACUAAAAUAGAGACUGUAGUAAUAACAUU